AUGAUGAGCCACCACCACCAUGACGAAGACGACGACAAGCAAGUGUGUGCUAUUUGCUUGGCCAAUCUGUUCACUAGUAGCACUAGCAAUCAUCAUCAUCAUCAUCAUACAGUAGGAGCCGUCGUCCCUUGUGGUCAUUGCCUUCACGCGUCCUGCUUUCGACAAUGGCAACAAUCCAGCUACAAUCAGGGACGCAAUCAUUGCAAUUGUCCCAUUUGCAAUGCUCCUGCAAAAACCUUUGUCACACUUUUCUUGGAAGAACCAUCAGACAACAACAAGGAUACCACUAGUAAUAUGCACACCACAAGAACUCCCAAGCGUAGCAAUCAUACUAGCAAUGUCAUGUCAGGUACGGGAAUACCUUCCCGAAAUGGAACUGCGACGGUUGCAACUGGGAAUUCCAAUGCCAUGGAUCCUACCACCAGCAACAACACUACUACUACCAAUGGAGGAGGCGGAGAAGAAGAACUCCAAGAACUGUUGGCCCAUCAAGAACGGAUCAAGAACAAACUCAAGCGAUACAAACGACGCAAUCGCACUCUCCAACAAGAGUUGCAGUCGGAACGACAAGAAAUGGAAGACAUGCUACUCUCCACCAUUCAAAACUUUUACAAAAUCAUGGACAAACACGACGAAGAACGACACCGUUGGACGUCGUCGACACUCGAAUUACGGCACGAAUUGGAUGCCACCCUGGCGACAUUGCAGCAAGAACGACUGGCUCACAUGUUGCAAAAGAAACUCAUGGAACAGGAUUUGGACCUGUUGCGACGGGAUUGUCAUGUGGCGCAACAACGCGUCACGGCGGCCACGGAAGGAUUGGCACAACUCAAAGUGCACAAUCGACAACGACAAUCUACAGUGCACCAAUUGUUGCAAGAAAAGGCGCGACUCGUAGAAGACAACCGGAAGCUCAAACAGGUAGUGGCAAUCGUAGGAGGGGCCGAAGUGGCGUUGUGGUAG